AGAUUUCAAGACAUAUUUCCCGCCUUUAAGAGUUUGAAACUUGAAGCCGUAAUCAACUCUCGAUCUCUGUAUCUUCACGUCAGACGAGUCAUGAAUGCACUGGAAAAUGCUGCGUUUUCUUUAUACGACGAAGAGGUUUUCAUCGAGUAUUUGAGGAACCUUGGAGAGAGACAUAAAACAUGGCCCGUGAGGCUGGAACAUUUCGAUGUAUGUAUUCUAUUAUGCCGAUCAAGGCUACUUACGAAUACAUAUUGUUGUAUAGCGCUGUAUAGUAAUGUAAACUGCAGAAGAGGGCAGUAUAGAGCUAUCUAG